AUGCAAGCUCUGGUACUGGGCAGCGGCGAGGAGCAGGCGGUGGUACCCGCAUCCGCCGUGGCGGCUGGUGACGAGGGCCCAGACCUGUCGUGCCUGGACCACGCGUACUUUUUGGCGGAGGUGUCGCGGCUCGUCUCGCGCGCCGAGGCGGUCCGGGCGCGGCUGUUUCGCGACACGAUGAACUGCGGCCGCGGAGGCAGUGCGCGGGACGAGCAGGCGCUGGCGGGCCUGGGGGAGGUGCUGAUGCGGCUGGAGAGCUACAAGCUGGUCCUGGGCGGCGACCGCCCCGCGCCCUUCGAAGCAGAGCCGCUGCUGCAUGAUCUCUACCACCUUGACCGGAUGGUCACGUCAAUAUCCACGGGCAGCAGCCAAGGGCUCGAGGAGCUGCAGAGCUUCAUGGAGGGUGUCGCAGGGGCGGGGACGGCGCAGCAGCAUGAUUGUUAUGAAGAGGACUAUUAUGAAGGCCACUGGGACGGCGAGGAGGACGGUGGCUGGGACGAGCACGGGUGGUGCGACGGCGACGGCGGCUUUGAUGCGCGCAGCCUUGGGCGCGCCGCGUCGGGGCUGCGGUCAGGGAGCAUCAGCCGGACGCCCGGGCGGCGGCCGCCGCAGCGAAGCUUAAACCGGCCAGGGAGCGGCAAAGCAGCGGCGGCAAGCGCCGGCAGCGGCGGCAACGGCACAGGCAGCAGCCGUGGCAGCCAGCGGAGAGGUGCAUGGUCGCUGGUGCUGGUGCUGGUGGCAUCGGCGCUCGCGCCAGCCACGGCGCUCAGCGCCGACUACCAGCCCUUCGCAGACUUAAUGGGUUACAACACCGGCCUCGCGGAGUAUUGGAACGGAACAGAUCCAUGUAACGGCCCUUGGAAGGGCGUCACAUGCAACACAAACGUCCCGGCCCGCGUCACCAAUCUGGUGUUGAAUGGGGUGGGGCUCGUUGGGCCCUUGCCGGAGUCCCUGGGCAACCUGACAUACCUGCAAGAGCUAUCACUGCAGAACAACAACUUCACGGGCACAGUGCCCCUUGAGCUUGGCAGCCUAGCGGCGCUCAGCGUGCUGGACUUGUCCAACAACCAACUGUCAGGCAACUCACAGGCAGGCCUGGACGCGCUGGGGUAUGCCGCGGCCCUGUCAUACAUCAACAUCGGCCGCAACCCCGACAUGACAGCGCUGUGGCCUGAGACGUGGGGCAACCUGACAGUGCUGACAGACCUGUACGCCGACCAGACAGGCCUGAGCGGCACCCUGCCCUCAAGCUGGGCCAGCAUGUCGUCAAUUAAGGCGAUUGACCUGUACCUGAGCUGGUGGGAGCCGGGCACUCCCCAGUGGCCCAACUGGGGUGCCAUGAGCACCCUGGAGUUCCUGGACCUGUCGUGGGGCAGCGACGUGGAGGUGACCGCGCCCAUCCCUGCGGACUGGUUCACGAGCACCGGCAGCCCCGGCAUGAAGAGCCUGCACACCCUGCGCCUGGCCGGCAUCAACUGGACCGCGCCGCUCGACCCAGCCUGGGCGCAGCCGGGGGUGUCGCUAUGGGCCGGCGGCCUGGGGUCCCUGGACCUCAGCGGGAACCCCCCAUCGCCGUCGCCAAGAGGAUUUCCGCCAGAGUGGUUGCAAUUCUCCGCGCUCAAGUCCCUGCAGCUUCGAGACGCGGCCCUCAAUAUGUCGGGCCCCUCCCCGCUGUCUGCCUUCACGAGUGCAACCGCGCCGCUGAUGGCCAGCCUCGAGGAGCUCGACCUGGGCGGCAACCCCAUGCUUGCGUGGAGCGACCCGGCGCAGUCCAUCUUCUGGGCCAACACCACGGCCGGCUGGGCGAGGCUCUUCGAGCUGUGA